GAUGGAUGCAGGGAUGGAUGCAGGGACGCAGGCAGGGAGCGAGGCACGGACACGCACAGACGGGAGCCCCGCGCGCCCCCAGAAGCCGCCGCCAGGGGGCGCCCCGGGCCCCUCCCCCUGGCCCCAUCUACGGGGCCCGAGGACGUUACCAAGUUCCGCAGGGCCGGGGGGAACGACAACGAGGCAACGAGCUCCCCUCCUCGCGGGCCGACAUGGAGCGCGCCGGGGGCGGCGCCUGUUCCGGCCGUCUCUGGGUGGGCCAGGCGGGUGAGCGCUUCCCUGUGUCCUCACCGCCCGGUGACGUCAGCGGCCCCGGGGGCUGGGCCCUGCCCCCUUAAAGGGGACGCUGUAAAGGUGGAGGGGAAGUAGCGCUGGUAACGCCCGAUGGGAAGCGGGGCCCGCGGGCCGGGGGGAUCGCGGGCGCCGCGGCCGGGUAGCGACGGUGAGGCGUGAGGGCACUCCGGGCAGCCCCCGCCGGCGGCUGCAGGGAGCGGAGGAUGGGCCAGCCCGUGACCGGUGCCACGCACGUCCGCUGCCUGAGCUACGGGCUCGUGAGGCGCCUGGCAGAGUUCAUCGACCCGCAGGAAGGGUGGAAGAAGCUUGCGGUGGAUAUAACCAACGCGGUCGGUGAAAGCAGAUACAGCCAAGUGCAUAUAAGGCGAUUUGAGGCAUUUGUACAAAUGGGAAAGAGCCCCACAUGUGAAUUGCUUUAUGACUGGGGAACCACAAACUGUACAGUCGCUGAUCUUGUGGAUCUGCUGAUUAGGAAUCAGUUCCUAGCACCAGCAAGCCUUUUGCUUCCAGAAGCUGUAAGGAUGCGACAAGAAGUUACAUUACCUCUUUCUUCACAGGAAACCUUGCCUAUACAUGAGAAACAACUACCUGUACAGGAAAAAGAAGUAGCAUCUGUAAAGCCUGUUUUAGCUCAGAGUACUGAGAAGCAGCAUUCAGUUUCUUCCUCUUUAAGUGAAGAAAAUAGCAACUCACCAUCCAGUAACACAGAUUUCCAGAACUUUUUGUUUCAUGACCUGGAAAGCAUUACAAAUAAUUUUGAUGCCCGACCAGAAUCAGCUGGAGGUAAUAAACUGGGAGAAGGCGGCUUCGGCGUGGUGUUCAAAGGCUACAUCAAUGGGAAAAACGUGGCUGUCAAGAAGCUCAUUGCUAUGGUCGAUGUUAGUGUUGAGGACUUGAAAGAGCAGUUUGAGCAAGAAAUCAACAUAAUGGCAAAGUGUCAGCAUGAAAAUUUGGUAGAAUUGCUUGGUUUCUCGAGUGAUGGUGCUCAGCCAUGUUUGGUGUAUGAAUACAUGCCCAACGGUUCAUUGCUUGACAGACUUGCUUGUCUGGAUGAAACACCACCAAUUCCUUGGAAUAUGAGGUGUAAAAUUGUUCAAGGUACAGCAAAUGGCAUCAACUUUUUGCAUGAAAAUAAUCAUAUUCACAGAGAUAUUAAAAGUGCAAAUAUCUUAUUAACUGAUACAUAUAUGCCUAAAAUUUCCGACUUUGGCCUUGCAAGAGCAUCUGUAACAUUCACACAGACAAUCAUGACUGAAAGAAUUGUUGGAACAGCAGCCUAUAUGGCACCUGAAGCUCUGCGAGGAGAGAUAACACCUAAAUCUGAUAUCUUCAGCUUUGGAGUAGUCUUACUGGAAAUAAUAACGGGUCUUCCUCCAGUAGAUGAAAACCGGGAGCCACAAUUGCUGCUAAGUAUAAAAGAUGAAAUUGAGGAUGAGGAAGCAACUAUUGAGGAUUAUGUUGAUAAAAAGAUGAGUGACUGGGAUGUACCUUCAAUUCAUAAAAUGUAUUCAAUUGCUGAUCGGUGUCUGAAUGACAAAAAAACCAGAAGGCCAGACAUUAAGCUGGUCCAACAGCAGCUCCAAGAGAUAAAAACUUGAUAAAGAGUUUCUUCUGAUACACCAAUAUCAAAUAUUUAAUUAGUAUCUAGUGCAACAUCAUCAGUGGUUCUGCUUUCCAGCACUUUCUGGACGUAUGUAAGGUGAGCUGUUGGCCUGUCAGCAGCUCUUUCACGUAUCCUUAGUCACCGGGCCCCUAACAUGAGAAAACUCUUUCUUGUACUAACACAUUGUAGUGCUGGUACAUCAUCUCUCCUGCAGCUUUUUAAAUGCAUUUCCAUAAUCCAUAAUCUAUUUGAUUCUUUUAUUCCAAAUAUCUAGUAAGUUUGCUGCAAAGGCAUAUGUCUUUAACUGGGCAGAAUGUUUUUUCUGCAAAUUGCUUUCUUGAUCAGGUGUACUAGACCUUUGUCUACUGAAGACAAAACCAUGUAAUAGCUACAAUGAUACUUAAGGUUGUCUUCUUGGGAAAUGACAAUAGUAUUACCCAAUUAAAACAAGCUUCUACUCAAUAAUUUUAGCUUGAGAAUUCAUAUUAGUGAAUGGUCUGAUACUGAUAGCGAAUGUAAUUAUUAUCAAAAAGUCUUUUGUGUUAGUUUUAGUCAAAUAAAUGCUGCAGGACAUUUUCUAGAUUGUUUUUUCAUUUCAAGGAUUCCCAAGCAAAACAGUUAUCUUGCUAUGCAGAUGCAUUUGCACUUGCAAAUGCUUUCUUACAGUGAACUCUAUGAUGAAAAACCAUUUAAUUUUUAUUCACAGGAAGACUCUUAGCUACUUUGACUAUUUUAGGAGGAUUGAGUAUUUUUAGUAAUUCAGGAAAGGAUUCCAUAUGGAUUAUAAAUACAGAUGGUUGCUUUUCUUAAAGGGGUCACAAUAAUGAUGUGAAGACCCAUUCUGCAUUUUACUUAGUCAAAUAAUUAAGCUAUUUUUAAUAUAUGUAUGUAUAUUAACUACAUACAAAAAUACACUUCUAAAAGUGUAAAAGGAAAGCUUUUUAAAAUAGAAACAUUGACAGAUCAAAGCAGACUAAGAAUAGACUGAAAGUCACUGGUAAGAUUCCAGAUACUUCAGACUAAGUAUGAAUAUAUUAUUGUAAAUGAAAGACGUUAUUUUCAUGUAAACUCAUUUUGCACCUCAUGAACUUUCUUAAUAGCAUAGGGAUAGGAACAUAGUCUGGCCUACAGUUAAAUUUGAAAUUCUGUGAUUAUGUGUGAUUUCAUUCAGGAAUAUAUAUCUCAUUGUAAGAAGCAUGUGAUUUCUAAUGUAAUGAUAUCAUUCAAUUUCUGGCUAUUAAUUCAUUUUGUAUUGUCUUUUCAAACUGCUAGCUUAAUUUAGAAAAAAGGAUCUACAUAACGGCUUCUAGCUUUUUUGAGUAUAAAUUGUAAAAAACUUAACAUAAAUAAAAAUUCUGCAUUAUUACUUCUUUCUACUAUUUAAACUUUGAGCCUGGGAAAUAAUCUUUGUUUUAUGUUGCUUGCAUUUCUGUUAAUAACAUUAUGGUAACCUCACUGCAUGGAAUAAAGCUGUAGAGCUCUGAACCUGGACAAAAAAGCUGCUGUAAAGCUAAACUAGGAAAAAUUUCUGCUGAAGCCAUUUUAGUUUUAAGCAUCUCCAGCUGUUAUGUGAAGGUUUCUUAUUAGAUCACUUCUGCUUUGUACUAUUCCCUGGAGCUGAAAUACAUCUGUAGUGUUGUCCAGAAGUGUUUGCUGUAGCAACUCCCUGGUCUGUUCACCUCUGGUAUAGUAGAAUGCUUUUGUUCAUGCAUCCAACUGUGAUAUUUCUAAGUGUGAGGAAAAUCUCAGCUACAUGCACAGGAGUUCCUGCUCUGUCAUAUUAGACCAUUACGAUUUGCAGUGCUGCUCUCAGCAGUGAGAUUCUGGCAGUAGUUUUUCCUUCCUCACUGAAAAUGAAGUGUGCUAGCUACCAUUUUGUACAAUUUAGAAAAAAGUUUUGAACUUCUUUAGUGAAUGAAAAUAUGAAGGGUUAACUAGGUAAAACUAGCUAAUUUAUGUGGAAACUAUUUUUUUAAAAUACACAGGGGGCAAGGAGAGGGAACUUCCCUUUCCCACCUGAUUUUUUGAGGUUCUCAUACAAUAAAGUCAACAUUUCUAGACACUAACAGAGGAUAAGGGUAGCUGACUUUAGUUUCUUUUGUUCCCUGCAAAUACAUUAAAUUAUCCUAGAAUACAUACUUCUUUGUGUUGUUUACUAUAAUAAGGCUUUCUAGGACACAGAUCAGUAACUUGAGUCAUUCAAGAUAUUUGUAAUGGUAUGAUCUGGGUUGAUGGAACUGGAACUGGGAGAAAUCCAGUACAGUUCCUGGUGGGUGAGGAAAGCUCCAAUGGGGCAGAUCGUGGCUAAUCUGGCUGGCCUACAUCCUGUCUCAGCAGGGAUGGUGCCAUGGAGGGCAACACAGGAUCACUGUGCUCAGGGAAAGAGCCAGCCCUUGUGCACGUUAAAGAUCUAAGAACUGUAACAUAAACAAUUUAAUCACCCAGGAAAGGACGGGUGAAUGAAAAACAGCAAGAGUGAUUUACUGCAAUUCCACGAUUAGAAAGCAACAGAAGGAUGAAAGCACAUGAUAAUGAUCCCAAGAAAAUUGUCUUUGUAAGAGAACUUCAUAGGAAGGGCAACAGUUCUCCCCUUGGCCACAGUAGGAGUAACAGAAUGGCUGCUAGGAGCCACAGCAGAGGUGUCUGCACAGCCCUUGGGCCGGGAUGAGCUGAGGAACAAAAGCCAGAACAGGACAUUUAUCUAGAGAUACUGCAUUGGAAUACAAUGGCUUUGUACAGUUAGCAGCUCAUUUACUUUGGACAGGGUAUACAGUCCUCCUUAAGUUAUUAAGACUCUAUUAUAAAUGUUCUUUGAUCAGUUUGUCCAGUUAUCUUCUAAGCCAACACACCAGACAUAGCACUUCAUACUACUGAAAUGGGAAAUGCCUCAUCUUUAUAUUUGGGUGUUCUAGCUGGGAGUUUAUUUACCACCCACUGAGCAAAAGACAAAUAAAAUUGCUUCUGAUAUUCGUGGAUACAUAGAGGCCUAGCCUAUUCCAUCCUCUUACAGCUCUGAUUAUAGAUAGUAUUUGGCAUUAAAAUUAGUGCCUGCAGUCAGUCCUAGUUCACAUCUUCAAAUUUUCUUCUUUCAGUUGUAAAAUUGCUGUGUCACAAAUAUUUCGCCAUGGGGAUGUGUAGGCAAGACAGUUAAGAGAAAAGCCAAACCAGUAACUGUUCUUUUGAACUUUUGGGGCAACAGGAGCUCUUCAAGCAAAUUAUUUUCAGUUUAGACAAAAAAAAGUGUUAAUUGAACAACAUAAUGAGUAGUUUUAUUAUAGUAGUUCAUGCUGGGCAAGCAAGAACAGAGAGAACUGUUAAAUCACCAGUGAACUACUUCAGCAUUAUAAAAGGACAGAAGAAAUUUUUGAAGAUGCUUAUUUCUGAAAGCACAAAAACCUCAAGAGAAGAACACCCUUGGAUCCUGCUAUGGAGGCCUGAGUGUUGCUCCCAUAAACCAAUGGGAAAGUACCCGUUCCUAACAUGGCGAUUUUUCUCUCACAGCAAAAGUCAGGAAUUCUGUUUCUGCUCACCUCCCUUCUUACACCCUGCAGUCACUUUCUACUCCCAUGGGAACUGCCUAUUACACAUUCUGAUGUUAGAAUAUAGGUAUUUGUUAAAGAGACUAUGAAAUGAUUCAGACAACACCAAGCCAAAGCAUCAAUCUUUAUUUAUAAAGUAAAUUACAAAAUAGAUAAGGUAAACUUAGUUAAUUUUAGCAUCUGAAGGUGGCUUUCUUUGAAUACAUAAACACACUGAUAAACAAAUUUUUUUUAUUUACAAUGUCUAUCUGAGCAACAGCAAUUUUUACCUUGAUUAGUUUAACCUUUGAUAGAGGAGUGUUUUAAAAGAUCAAGAUCUUCCCAACUUGCAACAUAAACAUUUAUUAAAUAAUUACCUGUCCUGUUGGUUAACUAUUUAAUAGCUUGUGAGUUAACUGCAAGCAGCUGCAUUGCUUUUGGGCUUUAUGAAGGCCAACAACAAUUUGAGUGGACACUUUCAAUUAUUUAAUGAGCAGAGAAAGUUAAAGGAGCAACUCUGAUUAAUGCCCACCUUUUGCACUGGUUCUGAACAUUCAUAGACAGAAGUGGAGGCAACUAUGUAGAUGUAAACAUGAUAGAUCUUACAAAAAGAACUUCUUAUUGCAGUUCGGAGAAUAGCUACAAGAGGCCUGGAGAAGCAGCCAGCAGUGCAAGACUUCAUACAAUUCUCUUUUUGGGGAAAGGUGAUGGGGAGACAUGCUCAGGACAUGACUGACUCCUGGCUAGGCUGGGGUGUGUACAUCACAUAGAAUAUUUUCAGGUAAGGUAAUUUACAAUGUCUGAUUUGGGCUGAACUCUAAAGCAGCUCAUCAUAAAUGCUCUUGCAUAAUCACUUAACCAGCUCUCAUCAUCCUCCAGAUUAAGUUUUCCAUCUUCUAUCCUCAUCUACCUAGGGUGAGAUUACAAAAAAAAAAAACCAACCAAAAAAAACCCCCACCACCAAAAUCAACAACAACAAAAACAAACCAACAAAAAUAACAGGGAAAAAAACCCCAAAACAAACGUCCAACAAAACCCC